CUUUAGCUGAAACCACCUCCGCGUAAGUGUCUUUGCUGAGAGAUUCUGGACGCGUUCGACGACUGCAAAUCCAUUCCUUGAAAGAGCGAGGAUCAGUUAAUAAUUUUUCUGUUAAAUCGGUUUUUUCCAUUUUGUCUGCAACAAUGAGGGGCCUCUCGAGGCAUGAACGACGAUGGGAUUCAGAUACGGUCGCCGGGAGAACUUUCAGCGGUGUAUCUUCGCCGGAGACGGAAGAGUAUGUGGAAGUGACUCUUGAUUUCAAGGAUGACGAUACCAUAAUUCUCCGCAGAGUUGAGCCUGUCGGCGCCCUAGAUAUCGAAUCCGACCCCAGAAGUGGGUUUCAUACACCGGCAUCUAUGUCAAGGUCGCCGACUAUGAGGCGAAAUGCGUCUACUCGUAUCCUUCAGUUCUCUCAGGAAUUGAAAGCUGAGGCAGUGUCAAAGGUGAAACAGUUCUCACAGAGGUUCUCAUGGGGCCAUGGUAAAGCCUUUUCUUCGUCUCAGAAUGCUGGCGCUAGUUCUGGAUUCGAUUCGGCUCUUGCAGCUCGUGCUAUCCGUCGACAGAGAGCGGAACUCGAUCGGACUAAAUCUGGUGCUCAGAAAGCUCUUCGUGGACUCCGAUUCAUAAGUAAGCGGAAAGGUGUGGAUGGAUGGACUCAAGUGGAGACCAACUUCGAGAAGCUUGCUAAAGACGGUUUCCUUCUGCGCGCAGAUUUUGGGCAAUGCAUAGGUAUGAAGGAUUCCAAAGAAUUUGCUCUGGAGCUUUUCGAUGCUCUGAGCCGAAGGAGAAGGCUGAAAACAGAUAAGAUCAGUAAAGAUGAACUAUACGAAUGUUGGUCCCAAAUCUCAGAUGAGAGUUUCGAUUCUCGCCUCCAGAUCUUCUUCGACAUGGUGGACAAGAACGAAGAUGGACGAAUCGGAGAAGAAGAGGUGAAGGAGAUUAUCGAGUUAAGUGCGUCUGCAAAUAAAUUGGCGAGACUGAAAGAGCAGGCUGAGGAAUACGCAGCUCUGAUCAUGGAGGAAUUGGAUCCAGAAGGGCUUGGUUAUAUUGAGCUUUGGCAACUGGAGACUUUGUUGCUCCAGAAAGACACGUAUUUGAAUUACAGCCAAGCUCUGGGCUACACGAGCCAGGCAUUGAGCAGGAACCUGGCGGAGCUGGCGAGACCGGGUCGCAUCCAGAAAUGGAAAACCAAUGCAGGCUACUUUUUGGAGGAGAACUGGAAGAGGAUGUGGAUGUUUGUCGUGUGGAUUGGUGUCAUGGUUGGCCUCUUCGCAUGGAAGUGGAUCCAGUACAAAAAUAAGGCUGCUUUCCAGGUCAUGGGUUAUUGCCUUCUCUUUGCCAAGGGUGGUGCUGAGACCUUGAAGUUGAACAUGGCCAUCAUUCUCUUUCCCGUCUGCAGAAAUACCAUCACCUGGUUAAGGUCCACUAGGCUCUCCAAGAUCUUCCCCUUCGACGACAACAUAAAUUUUCAUAAGUCGAUAGCAGCGGCGAUCGUCGUUGGUAUUAUUCUUCAUGCGGGUGAUCACCUUGCCUGCGAUUUUCCCCGGCUACUUAACUCGUCUCCAGAGGCCUACAACAUGUAUUUAGCUGCUGACUUCGGUUCGCCCAAGCCCACAUACAGUGAAAUCAUGUCACAGCUAGAGCCUCUGAUCGGAGUUCUGAUGGUGAUCCUAAUGGCAAUCUCGAUGACACUCGCGACAAGUUGGUUCAGACGUAGUCAGCUGCCCAAACCCUUCAACAAGCUCACUGGCUUCAAUUCUUUCUGGUAUUCUCACCACCUCUUUAUCAUUGUGUACGCCUUGCUCAUCGUCCACGGCCAGUAUCUCUACCUCGACCAUGUCUGGUAUCAAAAGACGACUUGGAUGUAUAUAGCCAUUCCAAUGACUCUAUAUGCCGGGGAGAGGUUCCUGAGAUUCUUCAGAUCAGGUUUCUAUGGCGUCCGGCUUAUAAAGGUUGCUCUUUAUCCUGGCAAAGUACUCACCUUGCAGAUGUCCAAGCCUCCCCAUUUCCAUUACAAGAGUGGGCAAUACAUGUUCGUUCAGUGCCCAGCUGUUUCUCCAUUUGAGUGGCAUCCAUUUUCAAUUACCUCAUCACCUGGAGAUGACUACUUGAGCGUCCACAUUCGUCAGUUGGGUGAUUGGACAAAUGAGCUCAGGAGGGUAUUUGAAAAGGUUUGCGAAGCUCCUGCUCCUGCAUCUGGCAAAAGUGGGCUUCUUAGAGCUGAUGAAUCAACCAGUAAAACUCUCCCAAAGCUUUUUGUCGAUGGGCCUUAUGGAGCUCCGGCUCAGGAUUACCGCAAAUAUGAUGUUCUUCUACUUGCUGGGCAAGGAAUUGGUGCAACACCCUUCAUCAGUAUUUUGAAAGAUUUGCUGAACAACUUAUUUAAAGCAGAGGAGCAGAAACCGGGCCACCAUGGCAGAACAGAUCAGAAGCCACUGAGAACUACUAAUGCCUAUUUCUAUUGGGUUACCCGAGAACAAGGUUCCUUUGAUUGGUUCAAGGGGGUGAUGAAUGAAGUGGCUGAGUUGGAUGACAAGGGUGUGAUUGAAUUGCACAACUACUUAACAAGUGUAUAUGAGGAAGGAGAUGCUCGUUCCACUCUCAUCACAAUGGUUCAAGCCCUCAACCACGCCAAGAAUGGAAUAGACAUUGUGUCUGGAACAAAAGUUCGAACCCAUUUCGCUAGGCCUAAAUGGAGGCAGAUCUUCUCUAGACUCCGUUCAAAGCACCCUAACGCCACCGUUGGGGUCUUCUACUGUGGAGCCGCAGUCUUAGCUACAGAAAUAAAGCAGCUCUGCUUUGAGUUCAACCAGAAACCAGACUCCACAAGGUUCGAAUUCCACAAGGAGCACUUCUGAGGCGUUUGGAUUGUGUUGCCUCUUUACUUUAACCAUCACUUCCCGCGCCUCGCCAGCUUUUGUAGAAAGAUACGUUUGAGAAA